AUCACUGAUGUAAGUAUGCAGUCAUAAACAGUGUGCUUUUAAACGCAAUAAUUUCCAACAUUUCAGAAAUUACCAUGCGUAAUUAAUUACACUUCUGUAAAUUGAACCAUGUGUUAAAAAAAAAAAAAAAAACUUUAAAAGUGUUCAAACAAAAUUAUAUAAUUAGACAAAUUUGCAACCAUUUGGAGGUUAUAUUUCAUUCGUACAUCAAAAAUGUGAAAUUAUCAAUCUUUUGACGGACAGACGGGAUUAUGCGGACCAUAUGAUUGGCUGCAGGUCACGUGACAAUUCAUGCUUUUAUUUGGAUGUGACGGGUUACUGUGAUUCCGAUUCAUUUGGCAUGUUGUUUCUGACGCCACAGUAAAUAUAAACAGUUGGAUUCUGGCCGUGUCCACAAUUAUUAUUUUUUUGACGUGACAACGUCUUAUAAAUCGAUGAACGCCGGCAGCACGCACGUAAAAGCAUGACUAAUUGGCACGUUCCGCCUGAGCCGAGCGUGCAAGAACCGGCCAACCACCGUGCGAGCAAAUCUUUUAUAUCAAACAGGUUAAGGCGAGCUUUUUAACUAAUUGUUCGUGAUUAUUUUUAAACAAAUUAUUUAAAUUAAAUUUGCAAAAAACUGUAAAUAAUAUUUGAAAAUUAAAAAGUAUGCAAUUUUUCAUCAAUGUUUUCUUAUGGCGUUAUCACGUAAAACUAUCGUCCGUAAACCGACUUUACAGACAACCCCCUUUUUAUAAUUAUCAUUAAAAAUGUUUUCAAACACAUGCACGCCCCUUUGACUACAUAUUAAACCUGUUGCGUAUAAUGUUUACUUUAGAUUAUUGGUGUGAAAAUGGCCUGGUAACAUGAAGAUGUACCUAAAAAAGAAAAUUUUGCUAAAAAUUCCUGAAGUUGGUUAUUUUGUUCUCUGUGUAUUUAUAAUCAUCCUGUACAUGUUGGUAGGUUAGUUGUGGGUUGUGGCAUAGAUCCAGUCUUUGGACCAAACCUGAACAGAUUUAAGUCCACAGUAGGUGAUUUCAGGAUCACCUGAAACUAAGAGGCCCUAACUUUAGAAAAUAUAAUUUCAUGGUUGUCUCAUGUGUGUAGCAAGGAUGACAGCCGUGAGCAUCUGUGUUUUGGGGGCGGGUGUGGUGGGCAUGACUACGGCACUGGAACUCAGAGCCCAGAUGCCCUCAGCCAUGACUACCGUCAUCGCUGACAAGUUCCGAGAGGCAACCACUAGCGACGGAGCGGCAGGCAUCUUUCGUCCUGGCAGUAAUUUCAGCGGGGAGACUCCAGAAAUAACCAAGAAAUGGAUUCACGAUUCUUACACCUACUACAAUGACCUGUACUCGUCGGAUCACGCAGAGCUGGCUGGUGUGGAUCAAGUGUCAGGAUUUAUGUUCUCCAACAUCAGUGAAGACAUUGUUCGUAAUCAUCUGCUGGAAGGUUUGGUGCCGACGUACAGGGCUGCGAGUGAAGAAGAGCUUCACAUCUACCCCGGCGGCUGGAAGCACGGCUCCUUCUUCACCACGCUGGUGACAGACUGCCGCAAGUUCCUGCCGUGGGCCAUGUACAGGUUUCAGGAGAGUGGUGGGACCAUCCAGAAUAAAACUGUGAAGAACCUCAUGGAACUUACAAAAGAAUUUGAUUUUGUCGUGAACUGUUCUGGACUCGGUGCGAGACAGUUGUGUUCCGACAAGAAAAUGGUGCCUAUCCGUGGUCAGGUCCUGAAAGUGCAAGCGCCAUGGAUGAAAAUGGCUCUGUAUGCAGAAAACGACACGUACAUCAUACCCAGCUCGUCAUCGGUGACCGUGGGAGGCUGCCGGCAGUACGACUCGUACGACCUGAGCGUCAGCCCUCACGACAGCGCUGCGAUCAAGGAGAGGGCGUACCGGCUGCUGCCGGCUCUGCGCUCGGCCCCGGUGGACAGGGAGUGGGUCGGUCUGCGCCCGCACCGCAGCGUCGUGAGGGUCGAGCCAGAGGUCUGCCGCUCGCCUGCCGGCACGCUCAAGGUUGUCCACAACUAUGGCCACGGCGGCUACGGCGUGACAUCUGCCCCUGGUACGGCACGCUACGCUGUGAAACUCUUGAAGGAACUUCAUUCAGCUGGAGUGGGGAACAGCAAACUCUAGCAGAAACAGCCAAACUUUAUUAUCUUGACAGUGCAGUGAACGCUCACCGCACAGCCACUGGACCAGCUCGGCCGGGACUACAUUAAUUGCAACUCCAGCAUCCGGGACGUGAUGCUGUACCAGAACGUGAUCGAGCGGCCGGCCAAGGUGCUUCAGGUGGUGUCUGUGGACGAGGAGGUGUCCGUGGGCAACGCCAUCAUCCACUGCAUCAAGGCGGCGGAGCUGAAGCCGGGAGACGCCGCGGCCACCGUCUCAGUCACUAAGGGAGGGCUGGGCUACAACUUUGUGGCACUGCACGUGCAGUCCCAGAGGGGACAUGGGAUUCACUUGAACGUCACCAUUACCGGCAAGUAGUCGUGGACUGACUGAGCUCUAUUCAACUCACAAAUAAUGAUACUGGCAAUAAUUUGUAAUAUGUCAUAGUAGUGGUAGUUAUAUCAACCUAUUUUACUAGACAAGAUUAUAUAUUUUAUUUUGUAUUAAUAUUGUUUUUAAAACAAGAUAUACCUGUGUAACAUGUUAUAUUCUUUUAAGUGGGUAUUAUCCAGCUAAUAAAAUAAUGCUUAGCAAUUA